AACGCACCCACUAUUUCUCCUUCCGUUCCCCUUCUUCUUCCUCACUGUAAACGCAGAGCCUCCAUUUCUCUUCUCCUUCGUUUCUCUCUCUCUAUCUCUCUCUCUCUCUACACAUAUUCUUCUUCAUAGCCUUUUUGGGUUUUUCUUUCUAUUUUUUUUGUUCUCUCUCUGGUGUUUGCUACGAGAAUAAGAAGAAGAAGAAGACGGAGGAGAGAUUUUCGUUCUUCGACGUUCUAUCGGUGAUAAAAAUCAAUGGAGGAUAAGAACUGAACGAAUCUGAAAACUACUCGCAGAUCGGAAUCAGAAAAACUUAUCAUUACUGAAAUUCGAAUCGGAUUUCUCUUUUCACUUGGGUAUAUUUAAUAAUGAUGAGGUAUCAGAGAGUAAGCCCAGAUUAUCUUCCUCUUACAAAUACCAAAAAGCCCUACUUAAGACCUUCACCUUCCAGAUCCAUCGAUAACGGAGGAACAGCCACAACCGCCGCGAUUUCAACCGGAGUAGGAAGAUUCAACGGGACGAGCACCACCAUUAGCAGCUCGAAUCUCGACGGAGUCCCCAAAGGAUUCCGAUUCAGAUCCACUUCUAUCACCACCGCAACACAACAACAACAAGAAGAAGAUCUCUCUCACGAUUCCACUACAAACCCUAGCGGCAGCGGAGGCGGAGGAGAUGGAUUGUUACAGUGGGGACAACGGAAACGAUCACGUGCCUCCAGAACCGAGAUCCGAUCCGUCUCCGUCGCUGCUGCAGAUGAUUCAUCUUCUUCCUCGGGACAAAAUCUGAUCCAAUCUAAUAGGAUUCAGAGAAGAUCGACGAAUCUUAUUAUGCCGCCGCCGUCUCUGUCGUCGUCGCCUCUCUGCGGCGGCGGAGGACGGAGCACGAAUCCGAGAAGCGGUUUCGUCAUCGGCAAGGAAUCAUCUAGAUUCGUCCCUACCAGGCAUCUAGAAGAUAGAUCAGUCACCGGUUCACCGUCAAGAAACAUCGGAGUUAGUGGUGGUCGUAUGGUGUCCAGAUCGGCCAACGGUGGUCUUAAACGAUCUACUCCUUCUCCGGAGAAGACUGAAACUAGAUCAAACGGCAAGGAUCAUCAUCAUCAUCAUCAGAGACAGAACGGGUUAGAUAAUCAUCAUCAAAGGAUGAAUCGAUCAGAAUCAACGGCUCAGAUUCACUCAGAGAUUGAGACGAAUAAUGGAGAGAAAACAACUACACAAGUGGAAUUUAAAGAGUGGCCAAGAAUCUACAUUGCUUUGUCUAGAAAAGAGAAAGAAGAAGAUUUCUUGGCUAUGAAGGGAACAAAACUCCCUCAUCGACCAAGAAAACGAGCCAAGAACAUCGAUAAAGGCCUUCAGUUUUGUUUUCCAGGGAUGUAUAUGUCUGAUUUGAACAAAAGUCGGUAUGAAGUUAGAGAGAAGAAAAGUGCGAAGAAGCAGCAGAAGCGAAGAGGAUUAAAAGGCAUGGAAAACUUGGAUUCUGAUUCAGAGUAGGCACGUGUGGAUCGCAAUUGACGCACGUAUGAAAGCGUGUUAAUGGUCGAAGCCUUUCUCUUUUUCAUUUUUUUGUUUAUCUAUAUUAUUAUAUGAUUAUAUUUUUCUUUGCCGUGUUCCGAAUUUUUUUUUUCUUGUCCUACUCUUCUCGUGUACAAAAAUGAAAGGCAAAGGUGCGUCUUGGUAAGUCCUCUUUUCGAGUUUUCCGAAGAAAAAAAAAAAGAGAAAA